UUCACACUUCCCACUUACCUCUCUUACCUCUUGUUUAUUUACUUGAAGCACCCUCAUUAAUAUGGACAGAAACCAGUCACACAGGCAGGUUGCCACAAUGAAGCAGUCUCUUUUUGAUCAAGGCUACCUUGACCAUGAGCAGUUCAACCAGCUUGAAGAGCUGCAAGACGAUGCCAACCCUAAUUUUGUGGAAGAAGUUGUCACAUUGUACUACAGAGAUUCUGCCAGGCUGGUCCAUAGCAUCGAGCAAGCAUUGGAGAAAAGUCCCAUUGAUUUCAACAAGUUGGACAGCUACAUGCAUCAGUUCAGGGGAAGCAGCUCAAGUAUUGGAGCCAAAAAGGUGAAGGCAGAGUGCUCUCUCUUCAGGGAAUAUUGCAGAGCUGGAAAUGGAGAAGGAUGCAUGAGGACAUUCCAGCAGGUGAAGAAAGAAUAUACAGCUCUGAGAAAGAAGCUGGAGACCUUUUUCCAGCUAGCAAGGCAAGCUGGGCCUGUUGAUAGAGCCCGUCGACCCAAGUAAACCUCAAGCCUAGCGUAAUAGUGCAGUUGCAGCAAAUAUAGGCCCAAAUUAAAUGUCGUCUUCUUUUUCCCGGUUCCUUCCUUCUCUAUGCGAUGCGGUAGAUAGUAGAGAGAGCCUAGAGGGCUUUGGCUCACUAACCCUGUAACUCCACUAGCUUUGUAAUAAUAAUAAUAAU